UACUGCUAUUCUCAGUAAACAGCGAGGCCACGAAGGGGUGAGGCGCACGGUGCCUCGUCCGUGUUUUCUCCUCCCUCCCUUUAUUACUCGUACAUGUAGGCGGCGGGCGAUGACGAGAUGGGCGGGAAGGAAAGCAAACCGAUUUCCCUCUCCUAUGAAGAGGCGAUGAAAAGAGUUAGUGAUGCUGAAUUUACAAGACUCAAAGAUGCUUACAAGAGGACAGCAACUCUCAAUGGAGCCAUUACCAAGCAGGCCUUCAUCAGAGAGGUCUUGGGUGAUGGCGUCCCAUUGCAGUUGGCAGAGCUUAUAUUUCUGGCUUGUGGAGGCACAGCAAAAGGGAUAACAUUCAAAGACUUGCUGUGCAGCCUGGUGCUCCUGACGCGUGGCAACAAGGAUGAGAAGAUAAAGUUUAUAUUUGGAGUUUACGCCAAUGAAUCCGGGACGCACAUCAUUCGGAGCGAAAUGCUCCGUCAGCUCCAGGCGACUGAGAGAGGAUACACACCAGAAAUUCUCCAUAAGUGCUUUGGACAGAGUGAAAGAAUAUCCUAUGAGGAGUUUAGAGAGUGGCUCCUCGCUCACCCAGACGCCACAACUGUCACCCGUUGGCUGCUGGCUGAGCCUUGCCAUGUCUCCCUUUCCAAUGACCUAGAGACUCCUACAUUCUACCAGACGCUGGCUGGGGUCACACAUUUGGAAGAAAAAGACAUCCUGGAAUUAGAAAAACGAUAUUGGUUUUUGAAGGGUUCAUCACCCUCAGGAAAACUUGAUCCAGAUACUCUUGUUCCCAUGAUCUCUCCACCACUACCCUUGAUGCUGGCAAGAGGUGUUUUCAAUGCAUUUGAUGAAAACCGAGAUAAUCACAUUGACUUUAAGGAAAUGGCCUGUGGGAUAUCAGCUGCCUGUCGAGGCCCACAAACUGAAAGGCAGAAGUUUUGCUUCAAAAUUUUUGAUCGUGACAGAGAUGGCAAGCUCUCCCAUGACGAGGUGACAGCAAUGGUUCAAGCGCUGCUGCUGCUGCGUGAUGAAGAGCAGGAGAAAGGCAGUGAUGAUGUGUGUGUGGGUGUGUCACCUGAACAUGUCCAAAAGCAGGUGAAGGACUUAAUGAGUCACCACGACCCAACCAAUUCAGGCUCAAUCACUCAGGAGGAAUACUUAAUGUGGACUCUUCACAAUCCUCUAUCCUCUGCCCUGCUCGAUAUAAUUUUUCAGGUGUGCCACAUUGUACUGGGAUUAAAGCCAAACAGCCGAGCUGAAGAGGGAGAAAUAGUGUUGGGAUGGCUCAGGAGAGCUGAGACCAAAUCCCUCACAAUAGGCCAGUUUUGGUACAUCAUUAACAUGGACUGGUGGGGUCUUUGGCAUGAUUAUGUUAGUCAUCAGUCACCAGGUUCUGAGAGCAGUUCGUUAAGUCCAUCGUCACACAGCAGUUCACCAGCCAAUUCACAGUGUGGCUCACUAAAACGUACAAAGUUACAAAAGAAGUCUGCAAAUUCAGAAGGAACUGUUGCUUCAGAUGUAAACAGCACUGUAUUUGUAACCAGCAUAGCCUGCCUAGGGGGUGCUGACACAGCAUCACUAUCAAGCUUAGAGAAUGAAGCAUCUGGGCGAAGUGAUCAGGCAGGACCUCGGCAAACAGCACUCCGGCAUGCCUCCUCCUCCAGCCCUCGGAAAAAUUUCAGUUCAAGCAAUUUGUCUGUAUUUAGUUAUGAGGCAAACAGGUGCACCAGCGCGUCUAGUCCCAGCCACUCUCCUCGCCUCACUCGACGGACAGCAACCAGCCCUGGAGCGCUGCAGGUGCCAUCUAGGCCUCCUGCUAUUGACAACUCUCCCCUUGUUGAGGCAAAUACAGCAAAGGUCACACUCCUAACUGGCGAAGGUGGGAGACUAAAGCGAAACGUUCCCUUAGUACAAGGCCGGGACUUUGUGUUGGUUCCUGACUCCUUAUGGAAAGCUCUUCAGCAGUGGUAUGGCGGAGCUCCUGCCCUUCCCAGGCAGGUCAUUCAUGGGCGUUGUAGUGGAGAAGUGGAGCUGGAGCUGUAUCCCUUGACACUGCGACUUUUCCGCCACGUCCAACAGCAGACCAGGUCCCCGAAUAAUUCAUGGGUUGGUGUUGUUGGGGGCUAUGGAGCUGCAGCCUUGAAUUCAGCACCCUACUAUGUUACUUCUCUCCCAAACACUUCUACAUCUUCACCAAAGCGAUACCUGGCCUACUUAGCAGCAUUUAGCCGACUAGCAACCCUACGGCAGGUGUAUGACUACCUGGCCUCCAAGCUACGGUUAAGAGUUGAAGACAUGAGGUUGUGGUAUGUGCGGGAUGAGCCUGCUGGCAUGAUCUUGCUGGAAGAGGACGAUGCUACUUUGGAAGAAGUGGGUGUUGCUGAUCUUGCACAGGUGCUCAUCGAAGUCAGAAACAAGGACCUCACUUGGCCAGAGGAAAUGAGCCAGAUUACUUCCACCAGAGUGAUGCACACCCAGUCCAGUCAAGGCAUGAAAGAGAAAGGUGUCACAGGGCUCAACAACCUUGGAAACACCUGUUUCCUCAAUGCUGCACUCCAGUGUUGCUCAAACACCCAUCCCCUUACCACUUACUUCAUCAAAAGCAUGCACCUGUAUGAACUCAACCCAGAAAAUCCAUGUGGAAUGAAGGGCCACAUGGCAAGGCAGUAUGGAAACCUGAUGCAGGAGCUGUGGGCAGGAGGGGCAAGGACUGUGGCACCUCUCAAACUCAGGUGGACAAUUGGGAAGUACAGUGGCAACUUCACAGGAUUCCAGCAACAUGAUUCCCAAGAAUUGCUAGCAUUCCUUCUCGAUGGCCUCCAUGAGGACCUUAACAGGGUCCAUAAUAAACCAUACAUCGAACUCAAGGACUCAGAAGGACGGCCUGACACUCUUGUGGCUCAGGAGGCUUGGGAAAACCAUAUUCUCCGGAACAAAUCCAUAAUAGUUGAUCUCUUUCAUGGGCAACUCAAAAGCAAGGUCACCUGUCGAGUCUGCGGCAAUGAAAGUGCAAGAUUUGACCCAUUCACCUACUUAACUUUACAGCUGCCAAUGGAAAGUUUUGUGCAUUUUGAAGUCAUUGUGUUGCGUCUCGAUGGCAGCGUCCCCGUCAAGUAUGGACUGCGACUAAACAGUGAGAGUCGGUACUAUGAUGUGAAGCAGCACCUCCAUGUCUUGACCAGUAUACCACCACAUCAAAUCAUGCUCAGUGAUGUUUCUAAUGCUCAGAUUAAGUAUAUUCCAAUGGAUGAAGCACGAGUGAGAGCUCUCUCUGGGAAUGCCUUGUUUGCCUACGAGCUGCCUUCACCAACUUCAUGCCACUCUAGUGAACUCCGGUCAACUACUCGCAGUGCCAAAGAUCGUCAUGUCUUCACCCACAUACAACGUUCAACUUACCACAGUACCCCCUGCCUCAGAGAUGCUGUCAACAGUCCAACUGCAAGUGUUGGGACAAUGGAGAGUGUGAUAUCCAGUCCAAAUACACUUGAGUAUGGUUCCAGUGCGUCGAGCCUGCAUUCUAACUCUGGUCAACCUGCAUCAAAUUUAGUAAGUAUAUGA